CUAGGCUGAUCCGCCCCACAGCCUUCGGAAUCGGCGCUAUCUCUCAACAGUAACUCGAAAGUGGAAGACGGUCUGGCAUUUGAUACCCGAAAAACGGAGGCGGACAGAGUAGGCAGCCAUCUUUGUUAGGGGCUGAAGCCUCCGAUUACGGAGCGCAAGAGGUCUCUGACGGUCCCCGCGGCUCCGGUGCCACGGCUGACGGCUCUUGGGAUGGGGCGGAGUCGCGGCCGCGCGCGGGCGUUGAGCGGUGCAGGGAAGUGCGGAUCGUUAGGUCCUUUUGGGACAGGCUGCCCCAUGGCCCAGGCGCCUCGCUCUGGUGGCCGUCUACCUCCGCUCGCCACCGUGCCGCCCUUGUGGGCGCAACCCGAGGGCACUGGGGCAGAGCACUGGGAGAGAAGGCGGGCAGGCGCCCUCCGCGGGGACUUUCGUGGCUGGCCGGGACCGCCGGAUGCCGGGAGCGUCCCCUGCCUGGACUCACAGCCCGGCGGAGCUCCGGGAGAGCAGCCGCGGUGGGCGGCGCCGGCUGACGCGGGAGAGCACCACGAGGCUGGCUUUGCCGACUGGAGGUGGGAGCCGGCAGCUGGCCGCCCGAUCCCUCCCGCUCUGCGGCGACUCCGGGCCGUGUUGCUGCGGUUGCACCGCGAGCGGGAGCAGCUCCUCCAAGCCCGGAAUUUCGCCCGCCAUCUACAGGCGGCCGUGCGCCUCCUGAGGAUCUUGAGUCGCGGCGAGCCCUUCCCCGGCCCUGGCCCCUUUCCUCAGCUGUGCCGCGAACUACCGCCAUGCCCUUCCCGAGGAGCCGUCCUGCGAAUCUGCCUUCGGGAGGCCCCGGAUCCGUUACUCCUGGCGCGCCCCGUCGGAAUAGCAGCCCUGCGCCUGGAUGCUGCCAUCGAGAUGCAGCUUCGCGCUCUGGGGCGGGAGCCCGCCAGCCCAGGCCUGUCAUCCCAACUCGCUCACCUGCUGCUGGCGCUUCCCGCCUACCACCAGCUGCAGGGAAAAGCCUUGAGCCACGUCCCAGGGGCAGCGCGCCCUUUUUCCCCGGCCCGUGUGCUCCACCUCCUGGCCGGGGAGCGAGGUUGCCAGGUGGCAUAUCAGCUGGCUGAAGCUCUCACGGGAUCGUGUUUGCGGGACCAGCUCCGCAGGCGGUGCCAUGAGGAGCGAGAGCUGCUGCCGGGGCUACUGGGCCUGAUGGGGGGUAUGGUGGGUUCGGCCAGCAGCGGACUGGGGCUUGGAGGGGCUGGAGCCCUGUGGAGCCAGUACUGCACUCUGCUGUGGGCAUCCUGUGCUAGGAGUAUGGACCUAAGCCUAGGGCCCUGGAGGGACCCCAGGACAGCAGCACACCAUCUGAGUCAGGCACUGGAUCAGGCAUCCUUGCCCCAGGAGUGUGAGAAGGAGCUGGCUUCUUUGUGUCACAACCUAUUUCAUCAGUCUCUUAUCUGGAGCUGGGACCAAGCCUUCUGCCAGGCCCUGGGAUCUGCUCAUGGAGGUCAGAGCAACCUCCCCUCAUCCUCUCAUACCACUGAACUUUUGCAACAGCUCUUCCCUCCUCUCUUGGAUGCCCUUCAAGAACCCAGGUCAGGGCUGCUCCUCCGUUGGCCUCCAGGUCCUGCACUCCUUGCUCUGGGGCUCUGUACCCUGCAGACCACCUUGCUCUGGUUUUUGAGUAGAGCUCAGCAGCAUGUGGCAGCAUGGGCCCCAGGUUCCCUUCUGCUCCUGAUCCAGAAGGACUUACCUCCUCUAUUACAUGAGGCAGAAGCUCUGUCUAGCCUGGCUUCAGAGGAAAAACUGGCCCUGGAGGUGGAGCAGCAGCUGGGCCUGGAGAUCCAGAAGCUGACUGCACAGAUGCAGCUCCUGCCUGAAGAGACACUAAGCCUCUUUUUUAAAGAAUGUCAUAAACAAGCCACACAGGGCUUCGAGCUCUACAUGCCACAGGGUCGGUACUGGCGGCUUCGUCUCUGUCCUGAACUGCCCAGCAUUCCUAGUGAGUAUGCUGGAUUGGUGGUCCGCACUGUCCUUGAGCCUGUGUUGAAAGGACUACAAGGAUUUUCACCCCAAGCCCAAGCACCUGCCCUUGGGCAGGCACUGACUGCCAUCCUGGGUGCCUGGCUUGACCACAUCCUCACCCAUAGGAUCCGGUUCAGCCUGCAGGGGGCACUGCAGCUCAGACGAGACUUUGGAGUGAUUCAGGAGUUGCUGGAGGAGGAGCAGUGGGGCCUUUCUCUGGAACUUCGCCAGACUCUGCUCUUGCUCAGCAUCUUCCAGCAGCUGGAUGGGGCCCUGCUGUGUCUAUUGCAGCAGCCCAUGCCCAAGGCUCGAGUCCAGAGGAGGUCUCCCUGUUGCUGUGUGUAUAAUGAGAUCCAGACCACGGAAUUGCCCAGCAGCAGCCUCAACAGCUUGGAGAGCUUAGAGUCCCCUCUUCGGCCUGGAGCACCCCCAGCCCAGACAGCUCAGCUGCUAAGCACACUGUGGGGAGGGAGACCCACCCCUGAGGCUUACCUGGUGGGAAAUCAGCAGGCCUGGCUUGCCCUGAGACAGCACCAGCGACCCCGCUGGCACUUGCCUUUUCUUUCCUGCCUGGGGAUCAGUCCUGAAUCCUAAGGAGCCUGGGAUCAAGAACAAGAAACUCAGAGCUCCCCAUUUCUGGCUGGAAAAGCCCAGCCAUUUAGAACUGCAUAUUAAAGAAGUCUACAAUUGGGAACUUGGAAGAAAGCAUACCUGAGAACCACAUGCUACAGUCUGGACUUACAAACUAAGAAUCUAAUAUCACUCCAGUGCCUGGAAUCCAGAGUAAACGGCAAAACCACACAUACCCUGGAACCUGGAGGUCAGCAUCCUUGGGAGACUCAGGCCUAGUUCCCCACCAGUGAAGACAUCUCAGAGCUAGACGCUGGAAGGAGGGCUAAGGGUGGGACCCCAGGGGAAAAGGAAAGAGAAAAAGCAAUAGAAAACAGAGAGCCUAGAUGCCGAUUUCUCUUAAAUCCCAGGAGCCAGGCUAAACAUAAAGUCAAUUCAUCAGGAACCACGGAGAUGGAUUAGGCAUUUCUACACCCACAUCAGUCCGAAGGGUUGUAUCGCCUUGUACUCCCCUCCCCAUUCUAUGUUCAGUCAGUCAUUUAAGAAUAUUGGACUAUAGGACCUAGACUUUUAAGCUUUGGUUACUCGGAGUUCAACAUGUUUAAUCUGUUACCUGAGUGAGGUUGAUCCCCUGGUAGGUGUAAAUCCUGCCCUCUCCUUGGAAGGGACCGACAUUUAAGAUGGUGUUAACCUAGAUCUGGCACAGCAGGGUGAGGGAAAGGCUGCGGAAGAUGAUGGUCGUGUUGUCGGGGCCAGGCGCAAACGGCCUUUGCCCUAUUUAUUGUCCACCGUGGUACAAAAGGACUAUUAAUGAUAGGUAGUAUUACCGCUUUCUUUGGGGCCCUCCAUACUCUGUACCGAAACCACCUCUCUCUCCUGGCCUUUCUUCUCCAAUCGGGCCAGGGCGGCCGUUUGCGUGGCGGGCUGCACGGAGGACGGCAGCAGGGAGUCGCCACCGUGAGAGGCCCGGUUAGCGCGGAAGCUGGGCUCCUCUUGCACCGGAACCCUUCCGCGCGCGAGUCCUUCCGGGGCGGGGGGUUCACCAUGGCAGCGGCCUUGGCUCGGCUUGGACUCCGGUCUGUCAAGCAAGUUCGGGUUCAAUUCUGCCCCUUUGAGAAGAACGUGGAGUCGACGAGGACCUUCCUCCAGGCAGUGAGCAGCGAGAAGGUCCGCUCCACCAACUUCAACUGCUUGGUGAUUGCAGAUGUGAGGCACGACGGCUCCGAGCCCUGCGUGGACGUGCUGUUCGGAGACGGGCAUCGCCUGAUUAUGCGCGGCACCCACCUCACCGCCCAGGAAAUGCUCUCCGCCUUCGCCUCCCACAUACAGGCCAGGGGCGCAGCAGAGAGCGGGGACAAGUCAGGCGCUGGUGCGGGGCGCUGACAGCGCAAGAGAACAAUGAGCAGAUUUUAAUCUGGGACUACUAGGAAACCUA